AUGCGGGCUGUGCGGGCGCUGCACCACGUCGGGGCGCUGGUCGUCUUUCUCGGCCUGCUGAGCGUCGUGGCCGCAGGGUCCCCGGCUGCCACAAACGACGUGUUCGCGCGCCGCCGCGCCCUCGCGACGCGCGUCGCCGAGCAGCAGGCCGACCGUCUGCGCCGCCUCGGCUUUGCUGGCGAGGACGCCGUCACCCUCAUGGCCGGCAUGCACCCACACCUCAGCCCCACGCGCCGCUACGCUGGCGUGCUGGAGCCGGUGGGCGGCGACAGCGAGGCGGUGUACGACUUCCGGACGACGGUGGCGGCGACGGGCCGCACGGCGCACCUCAAGCGGACGUACCGCGCGCAGCCGGGCGCGCACAUUCUGGAGGCGUGGCCGGAGGGGAGCGUGAGCGUGGUGCGGUGCUCGCUGUCGCCGGUGGAGGGCGGGGCGGGGACGCUGGCGCUGGCGAUGGACGACCUGGGGCGCGCGGACGAGUGGGGCGUGGGCACUGGGCUGGUGUCCGUGAGUGGUCUGGGCUGCCCCGACGCCGAGGGCGACGACGAGCACCAGCCGGGCUUUGCACAGCGCAUCACGUCGCUGCGCGUGUCGGGCGGCGUGCUGGAGGUCGCCACCGAGACCAUGAACCCCGAUGCGCUGAUGGCUGGCGUGACGGAGAGCUUCGAGACGGCGCCCGGGGCGCCGGAGGUCGUGAUGCGCGCGCACUAUGCGGGCCCCGAGUACGGCGUGCUGGACGGCAGCAAGUGCGACAUCGAGCCCGUCGGCACGGCCGCGAUGGACGCCGACGCGGCGGUGACGCUGGAGGACGACCUGGCCGCUCGCGUGUACCUGUACGCGACGGAGAUGGACCUGGACGCGCUAGAGGCUGCCAUGGGUGGGCAGUACGGCAUGGCGCUGGAGACGCGCGUGCACGGCGGCGCGCUGGAGCAGCACUCGCUGGCGUGUGCGGGCGUGGGCGGCGGCUCGCGCGUGUACCGUCAGAUGCCGCUGGGCGACCUGCACGGCGCAGAGGCGAGCAUGUGGGUGAACCUGGGGCGCGAGGGGGAGGAGUUUUUCUUCGAGGGCGUGGUGGCGCGGGCGAUCGUGUCGGCGUCGCAGUUUGACGAGGCGGGCUUCUACACGCUGACGAUGGGGAGCGAGCAGCACCCGGGGCUCGGCGAGGUGGUGCUGUACUGUCCGCAGUGCGGGGAGCUGGCGACGAGGACGCCGGUGCGGGGCAGGCGCGCGCAGACAAGCAGGAUUGAGGACUGCGGUUCCUUCGAUGCUGCCUGCAUUGUCAGCGACCAGAACCUCGGCUCCGUGGAGUACCGCGACACGAUCUACUUGCUGGGCAACGAGAACUCGGCGGCCGGCAUCUCCCUGGACAACGUGCACGUGGGCAUCAGCGACGUGGUGCUGCGCUACAAGCUCAACUACGACGUCCCGGCAUUUGUCGAGGCCCUGGCGGAGGUGACAGGGUCGUACGAGUGGGGCUGGGGCAUCAAGUACUGGGCUCGCAAUGCGGGGGAUUUCGAGCGCGAGAGGCCCGAAGAGGAGCGUAUCGGCGACGUAGGCCUUCCCACGACGUUCGGGUUCUCCUCCUUCAGCAGCCCCGUCUUCAUCGGCGUGAAGCUGUCGUACACCACCCUCUUCAACAUGAACGUCGGCGGCGACAGCGUUCAGGGCGGUACCGGCACGGACUCGACGCAGCCGUUCUCGUACUUCGUCAAGUGGGACUCCGACACCGGAUUCGCCUCCGCACGCGAGACCGGCAGCACCACGACUACGGACCGGGAGUACAGCGACAACAAGUACACCGGCACCACCACUAUUGACGCGUCCUUCACGUUCCGGCCGAUUGCGCGGGCUGGUAUCUUCUUCAACGGCGCUCUCGGGGUCACCAGCGACUCGUGGGGCGCAGCGUACGUGGAGGCGUUCGUGGACGUGGUGUUCCGCGCCUUCAUUACGCUCAACCCGGCCGGCCUGCCGGCCUCGGACACGCCGCCAGCAGGCAUCCUCACGGGGCCUCCGGCGUUCACGCUCGGGAACUGCGGCGUCCCUCACCACAUCGACGUGCAGGCGACGAUCACGGUGUACGCGCUGCAGUGGUUCGUGUCCUACGACUUCGACUUCCCAAUCCUUUCUAGGUUCGGGGAGCGUCUGCCUGCGGACGGAUACAACGUGCAGUUCGCCAAUGGCCAGGACGCCGAAGGCAGGGAAACGAUGUUCGGCCCGUUCGACGUCCUGCGCGCCUGCCUGAUCCCCGUGUCCCCCAGCAACCCGCCGCAGUUCUUCCCCGCUGUGGUCCUCGAGCUGGACAUCUGGCAGGCGGACGCCGCAGGGUCAGGGUACGGCGACUGCCUCACCGCUGCCGCGAUGGACGCGCUCACGGCCCAGAUUGCCUCGGUGGCGAGUCUGAGUGCGGCGGACGUGGUGGUCUCGGCCAACAUGUGUGCCGCGAGCAGGAGGUCUGCGGCGCGCAGGGGUCUCUUGCAGACGGGGGUCGUCGAGCAGCCGCCGGCGGAGAACAAGCAGACUGCCACGGUCGAGCUGUUGUACCGGACUGACGAUGCCGCGGCUGCACAGCGCGACCCGGUUGUUUCAGGGAUGUCGGCUCUCACGGACUCGCGGGCAUUCCAGGACGGAGACUCGGGGCUGGUGAUCGGUGGCACGACGAGCACGCAGGUGCUGGGGUCGACGCGCCCGGACGCAGCGUCUGGUGCGGCAACUACGAGCACGGGCGGCGCGUCUUCCGGCGGCUCAUCGGGCGUGCCCAUCAUCGCGAUCGCGGCGGGUGCGGGCGGCGGCGGGAUCGCUAUCGUCGCGGGCAUCAUCGCGGCGGUGGUGAUUCGCAACCGGCGUCGCAGGGGCGUCGCUCCCUCGCCCGAGCGGGCGCCUCAAGGUGCCGAGGCGCAGGGCAUUGAGGCGCGGCCCACGUCGCCAGUGUAG